ACUGGUGCACUUGAAUCCCGUAACGCGUCGGGGCGGAACAUCUGAUCGACUUUCCGAGUCCAUCCCACAUGGGCCGGCAAGAUAAUGUCCUCCUAUGAGAAGUUUACGCAGCCCGAGGCGUACCCGUUGAAGAGGACUGCUCAUUGUCCGAAUAACGACCUUCCAGUCCUUAUAUAUCGUGGCGUUCUCCAACCGCUCAACGAGGACAGUGCCUCGGAAAGACUUCAGCGUCACGGCUGGGAGAAGAAGGGAACCUGGGGCACCAUCAGUCUGAAGCACUUUCACCCAAACACACACGAGUGUUACGGCGUAUUUCAAGGCAGCUCUGAACUAGUAUUCGGUGAGGGGAUUUCGGAUGAAUCCGGCAGCGGAGUUCGAUGCGUAGUGCGAGCAGGCGACGUCGUCGUCGUCCCAGCAGGCGUGGGGCAUGCGUCUGUCUCAAAGGCUGAAGGAGCAGUGGACCCUAUUGAGGGGGAGGCCGAUUAUCGCUAUGUUGGAGUGUAUCCCACAGGCUCGCCUGCUUACAAGUACGAAAUCGGCAAGAAGACAUUGGCAGAAAAGAGCGGGCUGAUAGAAGAGGUUUCCGCCGUUCCCGUACCGCCCAAUGAUCCUUUAUACGGGCUUGAUGGGCCGUUGGUGAGAAUCUGGAACAACUCCAGAGGGGUACUUCUUAAAGAUAUGGGGCCAUAGAUAAUGAGUUUAAGAGCUUGAAGCCUUCUACGUUGACUUGAUACUAAUCAGGUCAUGUCUAUUGGUGAGACACUUGGGGGGAGGAACUCAUG